CAAUCAUUUUAUUCAGUUCAUCAUCUCCACAGCAAAGAUUCAAAAUCUCUAACGCUACAAUGGUGGUGUCUUCCUCCUCCGUACAAUCAUCACCCCCGCAGCAUCAAGUCUUCAUCAAUUUCCGAGGGAAGCAGCUGCGGAACGGUUUCGUAAGCCACCUGGAGAAGGCCCUGAGAAAAGAUGGAAUCAAUGUUUUUAUCGACAAAAACGAAACCAAAGGUAAAGAUCUCAGCAUUCUCUUUUCGAGGAUCGAAGAGUCCAGGAUCGCGCUGGCCAUCUUCUCAACGCUCUAUACGGAGUCGAACUGGUGCUUGAACGAGCUGGAGAAGAUCAAGGAGUGCGUUGACUUGGGGAAGCUUGUGGUCAUCCCCAUCUUCUACAAGGUGGAGACUGACGAUGUGAAGAAUCUCAAGGGAGUGUUUGGUGACAAGUUUUGGGAGUUGGCUAAGACUUGUAGAGGUGAAAAGCUUGAUAAGUGGAAAGAAGCUUUAGAGGAUGUCCCCAAAAAGUUAGGAUUCACUUUAAGUGAAAUGAGUGAUGAAGGUGAAUACAUUAGUAAAAUUGUAGGUCAAGUGAUGAAAGUGCUCUCUGAUGUUUCGGCUGGUCUUGAAAGAGAUGUCCCCAUUGAAGAUCCUUCUGAAGCUGAUCCUGACUCAUCUCCUCUUUAUGGAAUCGAAACACGACUUAAGCAGCUGGAAGAGAAGUUAGAGUUCGAUUGCGAGAGUACACUCACGGUUGGUGUUGUUGGGAUGCCGGGGAUUGGUAAGACAACUUUGACGAAGAUGCUGUACGAAAAGUGGCAACACAAGUUCCUGCGCUGUGUUUUCCUUCACGAUGUCCGUAAACUGUGGCAAGACCGCAUGAUGGAUCGGAACAUUUUCAUGAGAGAGUUGUUGAAGGAUGAUGACUUGAGCCAACAAGUCGCUGCUGACCUGUCGCCUGAAUCCUUGAAGGCACUUUUACUCAGUAAGAAAUCUCUUGUUGUUCUCGAUAACGUAACCGACAAGAAACAGAUUGAAGUUCUUCUUGGCGAAUGCGAUUGGAUUAAAAAAGGUAGCUUGAUUUUUAUCACGACCAGCGACAAGUCGGUGAUCGAAGGGAAGGUUGAUGAUACAUAUGAGGUUCUGAGGUUGAGUGGGAGAGAAAGCUUUCAGUACUUCAGCUAUUUCGCUUUUGGUGGUGGUAAGCACUACUAUACUCCCAAGGGAAAUUUCAUGAACCUUUCUAGAUUGUUUGCGGAUUACGCCAAGGGCAACCCGUUAGCUCUCAAGAUAUUAGGUGUUGAGCUUAACGGAAAAGACGAGACUCACUGGGAAGAUAAACUCUCCAAGCUGGCACAAAGUCCGGACAAGACUAUACAAAAUGUGUUGCAGAUAAGCUAUGAUGGACUUAGUGAGCUUCAUAAAAAUGUCUUUCUAGAUGUAGCCUGUUUCUUUAGAUCAGGGGAUGAGUACUACGUGAAGUGUUUAGUGGAGUCUUGUGACAGUGAAAUAAAGGAUCUUGCCAGCAAAUUUUUUAUUAACAUUUCUGGCGGACGAGUUGAGAUGCAUGAUUUACUGUAUACAUUCGGCAAGGAACUUGGUUUACAAGGUUCGCGGAGGCUGUGGAACCAUAAAGGCGUUGUUGGUGCGCUGAAGAAAAGAGCAGGAGCAGAGAGUGUGAGAGGUAUUUUUCUCGACAUGUCUGAACUGAAGAAGAAACUUCCUUUGGAAAAAUGCACCUUCAGUGGGAUGCGUAAUCUUAGGUACCUUAAAUUCUAUAAUUCUUGUUGCCAUCGUGAAUGUGAAGCUGACUGCAAACUAAGCUUCCCUGAGGGACUUGAGUUUCCCUUGGAUGAAGUACGGUAUCUCUACUGGCUGAAAUUCCCUUUGAAGAAACUUCCAAAAGACUUCAACCCCAAGAAUCUUACGGAUCUUAGCCUGCCUUACAGCGAGAUUGAAGAGAUAUGGGAGGGUGUUAAGGCUACACCGAAGUUAAAGUGGGUUGAUCUAAGCCACUCAAGCAAGUUAAGCAAGUUGUCUGGGUUGCAAAAUGCGGAAAGUCUCCAAAGACUGAGUCUCGAAGGCUGCAAGAGUUUACAGGAGUUGCCCCGGGAGAUGAACCAUAUGAAAUCUCUUGUUUUCCUCAACAUGAGGGGAUGCACAAGUCUCCGGUUUCUUCCGCAUAUGAAUCUCAUCUCCAUGAAAACUCUCAUCCUCACCAACUGCUCAAGUCUCCAGGAGUUCCGGGUUAUUUCGGAUAAUCUCGAAACUCUGAAGUUAGAUGGAACUGCCAUAAGUCAACUUCCUGCAAACAUGGUGAAGCUCCAGAGACUGAUGGUACUGAACUUGAAAGACUGCAUAAUGUUGGAGGCUGUUCCAGAAUCCCUGGGGAAGCUGAAAAAGCUGCAAGAACUGGUGCUAUCUGGUUGUUCGAAGCUCAAGACUUUUCCAAUUCCCAUUGAAAACAUGAAACGCUUGCAGAUUUUGUUGCUGGAUACGACAGCAAUUACAGACAUGCCGAAGAUAUUGCAGUUCAAUAGCCAAAUAAAAUGUGGUAUGAACGGUCUAUCCUCAUUGCGUCAUCUAUGCUUAAGCAGGAACAAUAUGAUCACCAACCUGCAAGUAAACAUCAGUCAACUACAUCAUCUGAGAUUGCUCGACGUGAAGUACUGCAAGAAUCUCACAUCUAUUCCAUUGCUUCCACCAAAUUUAGAGGUCUUAGAUGCACAUGGCUGCGAGAAACUGAAAACAGUAGCAACCCCCUUGGCGCUUCUUAAGCUUAUGGAGCAGGUUCACUCUAAAUUCAUUUUCACCAACUGCAACAACCUUGAACAAGUUGCAAAGAACAGCAUCACAGUGUAUGCUCAAAGGAAAAGCCAGCAAGAUGCAGUUAGAUGCUACAAAGAGGGCAAUGUUUCAGAAGCUUUGCUUAUCACUUCCUUUCCAGGGAGCGAAGUCCCAUCAUGGUUCAACCAUCGUACAAUUGGAUCUUCCUUGAAGCUCAAGUUUCCUCCACAUUGGUGCGACAACAGGCUUUCAACAAUAGUUCUAUGCGCUGUUGUCUCAUUCCCUUGCACACAAGAUGAAAUCAACCGUUUUUCAAUAGAGUGCACUUGCGAAUUCACAAACGAACUUGGGACAUGUGUACGUUUCAGCUGCACUCUUGGUGGAGGUUGGAUCGAACCGCGCGAGAUUGAUUCGGACCAUGUGUUUAUCGGUUACACCAGCUGCUCACACCUAAGAAAUCAUGUGGAAGGGUCGGGAGAACAUCAUAAAUGUGUUCCUACAGAGGCUUCAAUCGAGUUCGAAGUGAGAGAUGGAGCAGGGGAGAUUGUGAAUUGUGGUUUAAGUUUGGUAUACGAGGAACCAAACCAUGCCGUUACUGAAGGAGACUAUAAUGGAACUUCUUCAAGAAGAGAUUUCUCAGUUGGAGAGAGUAUAGUGAGUUUUGCUGUUCGGUUUGUCUCCACUGUUUUGAAAUAUCUAUGGCUAGUUGUUGCAUUCUUUUUGGUUUAUGGGUUUGCUAAAUUUUUCUUUUUUUACUAAAUAGGUUGUAUUUUCUUGGUCAUCAUUAAGUUUGUAAACUAAAUUUGUUUUGUGAAGUUUGUGACUUAAUCUUUUUCCCACUU